CUGGUGUCUGGCGGCCUGCGGCAGCGAGAGCUCGCUCAAGGUAUAUAUAGAGAGGAGAGUUAAGGCAGGGCAUCACUUGGUUCCGCUGAGCCAGAACCAUGAAGCCUCUGGUCGUGUUCGUAUUGGUGGUGGGCGUCUGGGUGGCGCUGGCGGAACCUGACGGUGGCUCCUGCUGUGGCGGCGGUGGAGGAGGUAGCUAUGGUGGUGGUGGUGGACACCAUGGUGGCGGUGGCGGGUGGAGGUGGCGGUGGCGGCUACGGCGGCGGCGGUGGAGGAAGCAGCAUUGUGAGGGCCCAGCUUGUUGGCCACCACAGCCACACCACUGGCGGCGGCGGCGGCAGUUACGGAGGCGGCAGCCGAGGUGGAAGGCAAGGUCCCAGCAUCGUGAAGGCCCAACUCGUUGGUCACCACAGCCACACCACUGGCGGCGGCGGCGGCGGUUAUGGCGGUGGCGGCCACAGAGGUGGAAGGCAGGGCCCCACCAUUGUGAAGGCUCAGCUCGUUGGCCACCACAGCCAUACUACUGGCGGCGGCGGCGGUGGUUACGGCGGUGGCGGCCACAGAGGUGGAAGGCAGGGCCCCAGCAUUGUGAGGGCCCAGCUUGUUGGCCACCACAGUCACACCUCUGGCGGCGGCGGCGGCGGUGGUUACGGCAGCAGCGGAAGUCACGGCGGUCACGGCUCAAGUUACGGUAGCGGCGGGUAGCGGCUGCUGUGGUUAAGUCUGCAACAAGCGAUCUUCAGCUGUUCUAGUUCUAAAGACAAUCCUCGGCCGACCUUCUGUGCCAUCGUCACAUGUACCCGCACUCUUUCCCAAUAAACGAGCAACCUGUC